AUGCCCGCGACCACGUCUACCAUUGCGAUGCGUCAUUCCGCUCGACUUUUGCACCCGGCACCGGUUGGGCAGGCGAGGCGAAUGGCGAUAUCUGCUCCUCGACGUAUGGUCUUGAUCGCUUUCAGUGGGACGCUCGUCUGCCGCUGCACGUGGCGAUCGCCGAAGGCCUCUUGCACCUUACCAAGCGCAUUGUCCGGUGCCGACCCGACCUCGCCUGGGACAGCGCGUUCUUUCUGGCAUUUGCGAGCUGUCGCCUCGAUAUUGUCGAGCUUCUCUUGGACCUACGAGCGACCGUCCCCGAGCUGCGUCGACGCAUCCAUGUCGCUGAUGAUGGCUCUGUGCAGCGCGCCUCGUUCUUUACACUAA